AUGCUAGCAACAGUUAUUCUUGUAGGUACGUUUGAUACAAAAGGUGCUGAAUAUGAUUUUGUUCGAACACAGAUCGAUGAGAUUGGUACAUGUUCCAUAUGCCUCAUUGAUGUUGGUCUUCAAUCAAAUAGUAAAACAUUACCAAUUGCUGAUAUUUCAUCAAUGACGGUUUUCAAAGCUGCUGGAGGCGACUGCAAGGCACUAGAGAAACAUGAAAUCCAAAAAUCUGAAGCAUUUCAUUUAAUGACAAAAGGUCUUACAUUAAAAUUAAAUGAACUUUAUGAAUCGAAUUGUCUACAUGGCAUUCUUGCUUUGGGAGGUUCAUGUGGUACGUCAAUCGUAUCUGAAGCUAUACAACAAUCAAAAAUACUACCGAUCGGUUUACCUAAAUUAAUUGUAUCAACGGUAGCUGGAGCAAGUAAUGCUCAUACAGCUGUUGGUUUAAGUGAUGUGACUUUAAUGCAUUCUGUCACUGAUAUUAGUGGUGGAAUUAAUCGUAUUAAUGAACCUAUUUUAGCGAAUGCAGCUGUUGCAAUAGCUGCCAUGGCUUGUCGCUUUCAUUCAUCUGUAAUUCAAUCAAAAGAAGCAAAAUGCGAUGAACCACCUUUAGUUGCUCUUACCAUGUUUGGCGUAACAACACCAUGUGUCAUGGAAGCGAAGAAACAACUCGAAGAACUUGGGUAUAAUACUGUCAUUUUUCAUGCUACAGGAACAGGUGGUCAAAUUAUGGAACGUUUAAUUGAAUCUGGCUUGAUUACUGGUAUUCUUGAUAUUACAACAACCGAAUUAGCUGAUGAACUUGUAGGUGGUAUACUUUCAGCAGGUUCAGAGCGAUUAGAAAUGGCCGGGCGAAAAGGUCUACCGCAAGUAAUUUCACUUGGAGCACUUGAUAUGGUUAAUUUUGGUCCUCGCCAUACAGUACCAAAACAAUUUAGUGAGAACCGUUUGUUAUAUGAACAUAAUUCUCAAGUAACAUUAAUGAGAACAACAAGCGAUGAAUGUACUCAAUUAGGUGAGAUUAUUGCUCAGAAACUUAAUCGACACUGUGGAUCACAUAGAGUAUGUGUAUUUGUUCCUCGUGGCGGAGUUUCUUUAAUAUCAGUUGAUGAUGGCCCAUUUUUUGAUAAACAAGCGGACAAAUGCCUUAUUGAAGCAUUACAUAAACAUGUGGAUACAACAAAAGUUGAGAUUAUUGAACGAAAUGAAUCAAUCAAUGAUCCAGCAUUUGCACAUGCUAUGGUUCAAGCAUUACAUGCUCAAAUGCAGUACAAACCACUCUAUAAAAUUCAUGCUACUGAAUCGAUUUCGGCGAAAAGGAUGACAAAACCACGAAACCGUCGUGAAUGUCUAGAUCGACUGAAAUCUGUCAUAGAAGAAGGUCGGAUUAUAAUUGGUUCAGGAGCUGGAAUCGGUUUAUCAGCAAAAUGUAUUGAAGAAGGUGGCGCUGAUCUUCUUAUAAUUUAUAAUUCAGGACGAUAUCGUAUGGCUGGUAGAGGCUCAUGUGCUGGUCUUCUCUCUUAUAGUGACGCCAAUGCCGUUGUUCUUGAAAUGGCUGGUGAAAUAUUACCUGUCGUACGACAUACGCCUGUUCUUGCAGGCGUUUGUGGCACUGAUCCGUUUCGACUGAUGCCUCAAUUUUUAAAACAAAUUAAAGAAACCGGCUUUAUAGGAGUACAGAAUUUUCCUACUGUUGGCCUUAUUGAUGGUCAUUUUCGACAGAGUCUUGAAGAAACUGGCAUGGCUUAUGAACAAGAAGUUGAAAUGAUUCGGCAAGCUCAUCUGAUUGGUUUAGUUACUGCACCAUAUGUAUUCAACGAAGAAGAAGCUCGACUGAUGACAAAAGCUGGUGCAGAUAUUAUUGUUGCACAUAUGGGUGUUACAACUAAAGGUGCUAUUGGAGCUAAAUCUUCAUUAACAUUAGAUGAAUGUAUCGAACGUAUUCAAUCUAUUCAUGAUGUUUGUAUUCAAAUUAAUCCUCAAGUUAUUGUUCUCUGUCAUGGUGGUCCAUUAGCUGAACCAAAUGAUGUGCAAUAUAUUCUUGCACGAACACAUGGUAUUCAAGGUUUCUUUGGUGCAUCGAGUAUGGAACGAUUACCAACAGAAAUUGCAUUGGUAGAAAAUACAAAACGUUUUAAAGAAUUACAACUCUCGAAACAGAACUAA